GGCGUCUCCGCUGUCUGACCCGAGAGGGAGGGCUCUAUGAAGAGGGCACAGCGAGCUGUGAAUAUUGUUCGGUGUGAAGUUGAGUAAAUUACUGUAUGGCUGCAGAUCUUAAUGGAAGUGAUUCCCUUUCAAAUCAUGCCUUCUGCUUUAUUUUCGGUGCGUUAAACACUGCUUAAACGGCUACUGGACUAUCAACAAAACGUUAUUUACAACUAUCACAUGAUGCUGCAUUGUAUGCCAAGUUGUAACUUCAGGCUAUAGGGAUGGCGUCUUCCGGGAUAGUGUGAAAUCGCGGAGGCUCUAAUUGAAGGCAUUUCUUCAUAAGUGUUUGAUGCAUAAUAGACGUGGAAAUCAGUAAGUUGUGGAGGAAGGCAACCGCACACAUGUUGCAACUAAGCGCAACUUUCGAUUUGCAGCAGGAUGUGGUGUCAAGUAUAUUUAAGAAAGAGGCGACUGUAGGAAUAAUCAAAGAAUACUCAGGGAUCGUUGACACUCGGAUCCUCAACAUUGAAAGGGAUGGAGGAGUCCUCUACUCCUGGAAAGGGGAAACAGGGACCACCAGGAUCGGGAAAUACGACCCCAAUACCAGACAGAAUAAGCUCCUCUACACAUUUGACAAGCAGGUGUGUGUCAGCAGCUGUUCUCUGAAUAAGGAGGAGACUCUGCUGGCGGUCAGUUUGGCACAGAGGACAAGAACAGAGGAGCGCCUCAGACCAGUUUCAAAAUGUCUGACCCUCCUCAUUGAGAUCCAUCCCAUUAACAACACUAAGGUCCUGAAGGCUGUCGACUGCCGGGUCAGAGUUCAGUUCCUCCAUCCAGACACAGAGAGGGACUCGGUGCUGGAGAGUCACCUGCUGCUGGUAGCAGAAGAUGGCUAUGUGGAGCAGCUCCAUGUGAUGCUGGUCAGACAAGAGGGUUACAGAGUGGUGAUGUUGAGUCCAGAGUGCCUGGCCAAAGACAGGGUGGCAGAGGAUUUCAGCUGGGUCCAGUGGGACAGCCAGACACAGAGACUCUUCUACCUCACACACAGGGAAAAAGCUGUGCUGAAAUGUGUGCAAUUCUGCCAUGACCGCAACUGUGAGACCUUGUUUGAGCUUGUCCUGGAGUUGCCCUCUAACCCUUUCACCUGUAUGAGGUUUGUUAACCUGGGCUUUGACCAUCACCAAGAGACGCAGCAUGAACGGGAGGAGAUGAGGAUGGUGGUGAUCACCAAUAACACAGGCAGUAUGUGUGUGUGUUACAGCCAGCCUGCUUGUGUCAACCAGGAGAUCACAUACACCAUAGUCCUGGUGCACAGAGGCUGCAGUAAAACGUUCUCAGUGGCUCUGGAUGGCACCCCUAGUCCAUGUAGUACAGAUCUCCUCCCUCUCUUCAUCCCUAUAGGUUACUACGUGGUAGUCUACCUGUCUGGUCACUUCCUGCACUGCAUCAACACCAGGCAACAGGAGCUGCUCUGCCACAGCCUCUUCCUCUCAGGUGUUGAUGCAGAGCUGGGUGUGUUGGGAUCAGACAGUGUGGUAUUGUCUCUACCCGAGUCCUCUCUGCUGGACCUGAACACAGGCAGGAUGUACACUGUAGACCUCAACCCCUCCUUCCUAAUGGACCUACUGCACUGCAGCCACAGGAGACCUGAUUCUCAACGCCUGGCUGCCCUGCACUGUCUGCUGCUCUACAUGGGACCCAACGCUGCACUAGAACUGAAGAUCAUAGAUUGGAUCUGUGACAAUGUCAUGCCGUUCGACACCUUCGAUCAAAUUCAGGAAUUUAUUCUGGCGUCACUGUACAGGAUCAUCUAUAAGAAGUGUCUCAGUCUGGAUGAAGUCCUACCCUACUCCUCUGUGUUUGAGAAGAAGAAGGUACCUGAGACUCUAGACCAGGUCCCCGGUGUCACCUGCACCACAGAGCUCCAUGCUGAACCAGUGUUCAAAGGAAAGGCCAGGAGUCUCCAGGGUUAUUGGGAAGAGCUGCAGUGGAGCACAGAAAAGAUGAAGUACUUUGAGGCGGUUCCAAACCCACGAUACAGAGCAUCUCAGAACCUGCCAGACUGGACCAAGCUGCUCACUACCCUGAAGUCAGAGAACACGUUCUUCACUCUGUCUGUUCCAGAAGUUAGAGAACACGUUCUUCACUCUGUCUGUUCCAGAAGUCAGAGAACACGUUCUUCACUCUGUCUGUUCCAGAAGUCAGAGAACACGUUCUUCACUCUGUCUGUUCCAGAAGUUAGAGAACACGUUCUUCACUCUGUCUGUUCCAGAAGUUAGAGAACAUGUUCUUCACUCUGUCUGUUCCAGAAGUCAGAGAACACGUUCUUCACUCUGUCUGUUCCAGAAGUCAGAGAACACGUUCUUCACUCUGUCUGUUCCAGAAGUCAGAGAACACGUUCUUUACUCUGUCUGUUCCAGAAGUUAGAGAACACGUUCUUCACUCUGUCUGUUCCAGAAGUCAGAGAACACGUUCUUCACUCUGUCUGUUCCAGAAGUCAGAGAACACGUUCUUCACUCUGUCUGUUCCAGAAGUUAGAGAACACGUUCUUUACUCUGUCUGUUCCAGAAGUUAGAGAACACGUUCUUCACUCUGUCUGUUCCAGAAGUUAGAGAACACGUUCUUUACUCUGUCUGUUCCAGAAGUUAGAGAACACGUUCUUUACUCUGUCUGUUUCAGAAGUUAGAGAACACGUUCUUUACUCUGUCUGUUUCAGAAGUUAGAGAACACGUUCUUUACUCUGUCUGUUUCAGAAGUUAGAGAACACGUUCUUUACUCUGUCUGUUCCAGAAGUCAGAGAACACGUUCUUCACUCUGUCUGUUCCAGAAGUUAGAGAACACGUUCUUUA